GAAGUUCAGUGAAUCUACUAUGAAACCAAAUGAAUAAUUACGAUGCAUAACUGAUUGCCGAGCAGAUUUCCAUUGCGCAUGCGCAGCGACGAUGGUCGAGUGUCCGGAACCAGUACCGUUCGGAGUCGCUCUGCGGGCCCAAUUAAAACGGUUCCCCAGCUCGUUAACUUUCACUUCGGUUACAAGGGGCGGAGACAAAGGCAAAUCGCAGCAACAGAGCCAAGAAACCAGCAGGAUCGGGAUCAGGAUCGCAGGAGCGGCACUUGGCAACGCAAUCGAGAUCGGGAUCGGGAGUGAUUCGGGUUCGGGAGUGAUGUGAAUGCGAUACACUGGCCAAGAGAAUGGCAUCCAAGUACGAGCGCAUACUGAGCGACUGCAGGGCGAAGAACGUGCUGUGGGAAGACCCCGAUUUCCCCGCCGUCCAGUCGUCCGUCUUCUACUACCAGACGCCUCCGUUCACCUUCCAAUGGAAGCGCAUCAUGGAUCUGGCGGAGAGUGCCUCGGGCACUGUGUCCGGAUCGGGAUCGGGCUCAGUGCCCGUAUCUGCGCCCGUGUUCCUCAACGAGACGGCCGAGUUCGAUGUGGUGCCCGGUAAGAUGGGCGACCGCUGGCUGGUCUCCUGCCUGGGGCUGCUCAGCUCCCUGAGGAACCUCUUCUACCGGGUGGUGCCCGCCGACCAGACCCUCACCAGUGCCCACGGCGUCUUCCGCUUCCGGCUGUGGUGGUGCGGCGAGUGGGUGGAGGUCCUGGUCGACGACCGCCUGCCCACCAUCAACGGGCGCCUGGCCUUCAUGCAGCCCCAGGCCUCGAACUGCUUCUGGGCAGCCCUGCUGGAGAAGGCCAUCGCCAAGCUGCACGGCUCCUACGAGGCCCUCAAGUACGGCACCCGGUCGGAUGGACUCACGGACCUGCUCGGCGGCGUCGUCCGGCAAAUGCCCAUCCUGGCGGACACCAUCCGGCCGCAGACGCUGAAGGAGCUGCUGACCACCACCUGCAUCGUCACCUGCCUGGCGGACAAGAGCGCCUCCGUGGCCAAGAAGAACCUCGCCGAGCGAAUGCCCAACGGGAUACUGGUGAACGUUAACUACAGACUCUCCAGCCUGGACAAGGUGAAGACCCUGAUGGGCGACUCGGUGCAGCUGGUGUGCCUGAAGGACACCUUCUCCAGCAAGCCCUUUGGCGAGAAGACGCACUUCCUCGGCGACUGGGCGCCCACGUCCAAGACGUGGGAGCGGGUCUCGCAGGUGGAGCGGGCGCGCCUCAUCCGCCAGCUGGGUCCCGGCGAGUUCUGGCUCUCGUUCUGCGACUUCGUGGAGAUCUUCACCAUCAUGGAGGUGGUGUACCUGGACACGGAGACGUCCAACGACGAGGAGAUGCUCAAGAGCCGUCCGCUGCACUGGAAGAUGAAGAUGCACCAGGGCCAGUGGAAGCGCGGCGUCACCGCCGGCGGCUGUCGCAACCACGAGUCCUUCCACAUCAACCCGCAGCUGCUGAUCUCGGUGCAGGAUCAACAGGACCUGGUGGUGGCGCUCAAUCAGCACACGGCCGUGGAGCCCAAGGUCAUUGGCUUCACCAUGUACACCUGGGACGGCGACUACAUGCUCAGCGAGUGCCUGCAGAAGGACUUCUUCAAGAACCACGUGAGCUUCCUGAACUCGGACUACGGCAACACGCGGCACGUCAGCUACCACACGCACCUGGAGGCGGGCCACUAUGUGCUCAUACCCACCACCUAUGAGCCGGCGGAGGAGGCCCACUUCACGGUCCGCAUCCUGGGCACCGGCACCUUCAGGCUCUCCUGCCUGGAGACGCAGACCAUGAUCCUGCUCGACCCCUUCCCGGCGCUCAAGAGCUCCGAUGGCUCGGACCGCUGCUCCAGUGGCGGUGGCCAGAAGGUGAAGAGCGUGUGCCAGUACGAGCCCGUCUACAUGCAGCUGGCGGAUGAGAACAAGACCAUCAACUGCUUCGAGCUCCACGAGCUGCUGGAGGCCUGUCUGCCCAACGACUACAUCAAGGGAUGCGCCAACAUCGACAUCUGCCGGCAGGUGAUCGCCUUGCAGGACAGGACCGGCAGUGGCAGGAUCACCUUCCAGCAGUUCAAGACCUUCAUGGUGAACCUGAAGUCCUGGCAGGGCGUCUUCAAGAUGUACACCAAGGAGAAGGCGGGCAUCUUGCGGGCGGAGCGCCUGCGCGACGCCCUCUGCGACAUCGGCUUCCAGCUGAGCACCGACAUCAUGAACUGCCUGAUCCAGCGGUACAUCCGCAAGGACGGCACCCUGCGGCUCAGCGACUUCGUCUCCGCCGUCAUCCACCUGACCACCGCCUUCAAUCAGUUCCACCUGAAGAACUACAGCCAGGUGAACGUGAUCGAGGUGCACCUGCACGACUGGAUCAAGAGCAUACUGAGCUGCUAACUUUGGAGCCCCUCGUAGGGCACUUUUUUUUUUGGAAAUCUCCAGAUUUCUCUUGUUUAAAAUAAGGAUGCUACCAGGAUCGAACGCCAGUUUCGCUUGAUUUCUAUACAUAUCUUUUAUGUUUAAUUUUUUUUAACCCUAACCCUAAGAUUUCCUGGUUUUAACCUGAUCUUUUCUGUAAUGUAUCAUUUUUAGCCCUAAUCUUAAGAUUUCCUGGUCUCAACCUUAACUAAUCUCUGAUCUGUCUUUUUUUAACCCUAACCCUAAGAUUGCCCGGUCUUAACCUUAGCUAUUCUCAAGUCUAUCAUUUUUUUUAGCCCUAACACCAAGUUUUCCUGGACUUAAGCCUAGCUAUUUGAACCCUAACCCUAAGAUUUUCUGGUUUUAACCCUAACUAAUCUCUAAUUUGCAAUUUUUUUAACCCUAACCCUAAAAUUUCCUGGCUUUAACCUUAACUUAUCUCUGAUCUGUCUUUUUUUAACCCUAACCCUAAGAUUUCCUGGUUUUAACUCAAACUAUUCCCUAGGAUAGAAACCCCCUUCCAAAACCUUAACCAAAACUGGGCUUACAGCUGUAAAACUCAUCAUACUCGUAUAUAUAACUCCGAUUUGGACGGAAUUGAGCGAGAUCGGCAAUGCGGUUGCAGGAUUUUGUAUGUACUACUGAGAAUUUUAUUUAUUGUUCUUAUGGCUACAAUUAAACGAGCGCUGAAGGCGAGACGUGUUCAGAGUAUUUUCAAAA